UUUGAAUUUAGUGUUGAUUCCUUUCAAAUUGUUUUGGAUCCCAUGUUAGAAUUCUACAGUGACAAAAAUGCCAAACUAACCAAAGAAUCCUAUCCUGUUGUGGUAGCUGAAAGCAUGUAUGGAGACUUCCAAGAAGCAAUGACACAUUUGCAAUACAAGCUUAUAUCUACUAGAAAACCUGAAGAGAUUAGAGGUGGUGGCCUUCUGAAGUACAGCAACUUGCUGGUUCGUGACUUUAAGCCAGCUUGUGAAGCAGAAAUCAAGACACUAGAACGUUAUAUGUGUUCUAGAUUCUUCAUUGAUUUUCCUGAUGUAGCAGAACAACAAAAGAAGAUUGAAUCGUACCUCCGUAACCAUUUCAUAGGUGAAGAAAAGAGCAAAUAUGACUACCUUAUGACCUUGCGUGGAGUUGUAAAUGAAAGCACUGUUUGUCUCAUGGGUCAUGAAAGAAGGCAGACACUCAAUAUGAUCACCCUUAUGGCUCUAAAAGUACUUGGAGAACAGAAUAUACUACCCAAUACAGAUAAUGUAACUUGUUUUUAUCAGCCUGCUCCAUACUUAGCUGCUGAGGGAGGGUAUCCUACUUAUUAUGUAACAUCUGGACCACCACCUAUUUUCUUUCAGCCAUACCACCCACUGCACUUUCAUGUGCCAAAUGGUAUGGUUUAAAAACAAACACACAUACAACAGAAACUUUGCUUUAAUUAAACACCUCAUAAAGCAAGUUUCCAAAAUCCAUAAAACUUAAGAUCUAUUUUUAUUUUUGUGCAGUUACCAACUAUUUUCCAUCAAUUAUAGCUUAAACCAUUAUAGUAAAUAGAAUAUCAUCUAUGAACUGGCCACUCUAAAUUAUUUUCAAGUGUUAUUGAUUAGCUAUUAUAACUUUCAAAUGUUGUGGACCACUUAAAAUGAUUUUCAAAUCUCACUAAGUCUUAAGUAAGACUUUCAAAUUUGCUCUGACAAAUACAUUACAGAUGCCUGCAUCUUUGAUUAAAAUAUAAUAGAACAGACACAUGUAUUAAGGUCUAAAGAUACAGUAAAUACUAGUGCCACCACUUUGGUGU